AUGAAGAAAGAAAGUAUUCAUCAUUUAGAUUCAGAUCACGAGAGUGAAGAAUGGGUGAAUAAAGUUGAAGACAAAGGUAAAGACAUAAAAUGUCUGAUGUUAAUUAAUGGAAAAGAAGUAACUUUUCAGGUAGACACUGGAGCUACAGUAAAUAUUUUGCCCAAACAUUAUGCUACUGGCAUAGAUCCAUGUCAUAAAGUUCUAAAGAUGUGGAACGGUAGUACUUUAGAACCAGUUGGAGUUCAUCGUGAACAUGUAAUCAAUCCGAAGAAUAACAAAAGGUAUAAUAUUGAGUUUACUAUUGUUGACAAGGAACAUAUACAACCACUUCUAGGGUUGAAGGCUAUUCAAGCUAUGAAAUUGAUUACGAUCCAAGAGAAAGAAUUCCAGUCUGUAAACAUAGUAAACAUAACUGAUUAUAAUAAUAUAUUUUCUGAAGGAAUUGGAGAAUUGCCUGGUAUUGUUCAUCUACAGACUGACCCUAAUAUCUCACCUUCUACUAUGCCUGUACACAGAGUGCCUAUUGCUUUGCGAGAUAAACUUAAAAAGGAACUGGACCAACUUGAAGAAAAAGGAAUUAUCCGGAAAAUAACUGAACCAACUUCUUGGACUAGUAACAUUGUCUGUGUAGAAAAACCAAACGGUAAGUUGAGAAUUUGUUUAAAUCCGCUUGAAUUGAAUAAAGCACUUAAAAGACCAAGAUAUAUUAUGCCUAGUCUAGAAGAAGUGUUACAUGAAUUAAAUGGUGCUACAGUUUUUAGCAAAUUUGAUUUGCAGAAUGGCUACUGGCACAUUUCUCUUGAUGAAGCAUCAAGUAUACUAACAACAUUCCAAACUAUUUUUGGACGAUAUUGUUUUCUGCGCUUGCCUUUUGGCUUGAAUGUAGCUUCGGAAAUUUUCCAAAUUAAGAUGAAACAGUCAUUUGAAGGUCUUCCUGGACUCAUCAAUAUUGCUGAUGAUGUAGUAAUUUUUGGAAAAGACAGAAAAGAACAUGAUGAAAAUGUACAACUUUUUCUACAGAGAUGCAAACAUCUGAAUGUGAAGCUCAAUAAGGAAAAAAUGGAACUGCAAUGUGAUGAAAUUAUUUUUAUGGGUCACAAAAUCUCCAAAGAAGGCGUGAAACCUGAUGUAAAGAAAAUUCAAGCAAUUAUUGAUCUUAAAAAGCCUAAUAAUAAAGAAGAAUUGAAACGAUUCUUGGGAAUGUGUAAUUAUCAGAUGAAGUUUCUAAAAGAUUAUGCUACUAUUAGUGAACCAUUGUAUACUCUUUUAAAGAAUGAUAUUCCAUGGAAUUGGACAGAGAAACAAGAUGCAGCCCUAAUGAAGCUGAAGAGUCUACUCACAGAAGCACCAACUUUGAAAAUUUUUGAUUUUACAAAACCUGUUCAAGUAGAAUGUGAUGCAAGCCAAUUUGGGCUUGGUGCAGUAUUAAUGCAAGACUCGGGUACAAUUGCCUAUGCAAGUAGAACACUAAAUGCUGCGGAGCGUAACUAUGCUCAAAUUGAAAAAGAAAUGUUAGCUGUUAUAUGGAGUUUAGAAAAAUUUCACCAUUAUGUAUAUGGAAGAAAAAUAACUGUAUACAAUGACCACAAACCUUUAGAAGCUAUUAGAAAGAAACCCUUACACAAGGCACCGAAGCGCUUGCAGAGUAUGUUACUUAGAGCUCAACGUUACAAUUUUGAUUUAGUCUACAAGCCCGGAACACAAAGCCUUGUGUCAGAUACUUUGUCUAGGGCGCCACUGAAUACAACAGAACAGGACAAUAAGAAAAUUGAUAUAGUUUGCAGUGUUCACACUCUGCCAAUUAAAGGAACCUGUUUAGAGAAAAUACAAGAUGAAUCAAAUAAAGAUGAAGAAAUUCUCGCUUUAAAAGAAAUGAUUACAAAAGGAUGGCCAGAGGACAAAAUUGAUGUUCCUCCAAAUAUACGAAAUUAUUUUGACUAUAGAGAUGAAAUUGGAAUUCAAGAAGGUGUUGUAGUAAGAGGAGAAAGAAUAGUAAUUCCAAAAGCGAUGAGAAGAGAAAUGAAAGACAAAAUUCAUCUAGGACACCAAGGUAUUAAUUCAUGCUUAAGUAGAGCAAGAGAGCUUAUUUUUUGGCCUGGUAUGUCAUCUGAAAUUAGACAAUUCAUAAGUGGAUGCCAUACAUGCUUAUCAUAUAGUGAUCGUAGACCUCAAGAAGCAAUAAAGUGGCAUGAAGUAGCAGAAAGACCUUUUCAGAAAGUUGGAAUUGAUUUAUUUGUUUUACGAGAUAGAAAUUACUUAGUUACUGUGGACUAUUUUAGUCAAUUUAUAGAAGUGGAUUAUCUACCAGACACGACAUCAACAACUGUUAUAGGAAAAGUCAAACAUCAUUUUGCAAGAUAUGGUAUACCAGAAAUAGUUGUAACUGGAAAUGAUUCACAGCUGAAAUCUUCUGAAUUUGACAAAUUUUGUGAAGCUUGGGAUAUUAAACACAAGCAGACCAGUCCAUACAAUAGUAAAUCAAAUGGUCAAGUUGAAUCUGCCGUAAAAAUUGUGAAGAGGAUUAUGAAAAGGAGUCUCUUUGCAAAAGAAGAUCCCUACUUAGGUCUAUUGAAUUAUAGGAAUACUCCAAUUGAAAACAUUUCAAAAAGCCCAGCACAGUUACUUCUUGGAAAAAGGACAAGGACUCUAGUACCCACUACAAAUAAUUUAUUUAAGCCAUCUUUCAAUUCCUAUCCUGAAAUUACUCAUCGUAAAGAAGAUCUAAGACAGAGGAAGUCUGAAGCUGAUUACAAGAAAUCUGUUCUGCCUGAAUUUCAGUAUGGAGAUAUAGUGUACAUGCAGCCUCAAAAGAAAAAUGAUACCUGGAAGAAAGCUGUGGUUACAAAGACUUUAACACCUAGAAGAUUAGAGGUCACCACGGAUAAUGGACAAAAAUAUGUCAGAAAUAGAAGGUUACCCUCAUCCCGAUGUAACGAAUACUGUGAAGUAAGAAUUGCAAUUCAAAAGAAAGAAUCAAAAUUUAAAGUGAUACGAAGUACCGUUCCUGCCCGAACGACAGAAGUAAGAAAUUGCUAUUGGCAAUUCAAGAAAGAAUCAAAAUGUAAAGUAAUUCGAAUGCAUCCUCGUCGACACAUUUUCUCUUGGUGCCUUACAUUCAAAGUAUUGUUGCAGUACCCCUGGACGUGUUCCGCUCUUGGUCUGGAUCAAAAAACAGCUGUCUUCAUGUCCUAA